AUGUCAGAAAAACGAAUUCGAGCAUCCAAAUUGCCGAGGUUUACCCUACCCAAUAUCGUUACCAACCGUCAAGGAGAAGAGUGGAUGGAUGGCAUCCCAACACUCGACUUUGACUAUUUCCCGCCAUUCCAGCAUGUCAUACCCGAGGAGAAACUCUCGUCCUCUAACUUGCCGCCAUUUUAUCGUCUGCUUUGCGAUGCUCAGGCAUUGGCUCUGUCAAAAUGGGGCUCCAAGGGGAACAUGGCAAAAGAGCUACUUGGACUAUACUGGCCAGCGGACUUCAACGCAGACGGGAAGCUCAAGAGGAACCGCAUAUCAUGGAAUAUCGGGACCCAGGCCCGUCCGGCACAGCGUCAUCAUCUCACGCACCAAAGCUGCGGACGACCAAUGAAGUCGAUGCCCGUAUAUACCACUAUUAUUGACGAUGAAGCUGAUGAUGAUAAGCCCGAUGCAAUAGAAAAGAGUCCCAGCAAGGCCGAACGGCCAUGCAAAGUGGUCUUGCUGCACGAUUCAAGGGAAAGCGAACGUGUGGUUGAGCUCGAAUAUGAAAUAGAUAAGCUGAGAGCAAGCUUGAAACGGUCUGAGUCGCAGCUGGAAGGGCUGCGGUGUCAAGUGAGCCAGGUUGAAACCGCAAUGUCAGUGAGAUCAGAGCUUGUCACAAAUGCAAUUGUCAAUUACCACUUUUCUCGAGCAAACCUAGAGCUGCUGGCGCCCUCGAUUUCAUCCCUGGUAGAUGAAUCAGUCUCUGCCGAUGAUCUUUCUGAACUUGCUGGCGGUGCAGCUACACUCGACCAUCGCAUCAAGGUUAUCCAGGAGGUUGCUCGCCGACUGCGCAUACCAGUAACUAUUCCACCAGAAAUCAUCGGUGAGCCAGAAGACUCUGACCUGCCAGUUGAUCCCAGGAUAGCCUGGGACAUGCAGUUAGGCCAGAACGGCAAGUAA